CCAUCUAUAGCACUCAUGUUUCGAAUCGGCGACGGUGCUACCUAUCAUAAUAUGGGUGGCUUCAAAGAACAAAGUGGAUCUUGCACCAAGAAGACUUGCAAAGGCCAUGAAGUUGACAUUAUGCACUUCUCCAUCGGAAGUGCUGUACCUGGGCGGCUUUAUGGUGGCAACCUGAUUGGUAACACAAAUGGAACUGGAGGUGACAGCUUUGGUCAUUUGGUUGAUGUAUAUGCUUGGAACCCACAUUGUAGAUACCUUGAUGGAAUGGGUCCUGCUGGAAAUGAUUCUAGUGCUCAGAAUAACUGGAAAGGAGCAUGGUGGCACAGUAGUUUCAUAGAUAAUUCAGGUUUCGUGGAGGAAGACAAUCCUUAUUCAACCGGAGGUCAGACGGGAACUUAUUAUUUCGGAUUCACUCGGCCUUUGAGAACCAUGGAUCGUUUACAGCAGGAUAUUCAGUUCACAAUCGAUGGAUUGAGCAAGAUGUCGGUUGCAUUCUGGUAUCCGGUCGACGGGAACUCGUGGGUUGGAUCCGGACAUUAUACUAUCAACUGUGAUUGGGUGCCAUUGUACAUUGCUUCAGGUGGUUCUAUGCUAACCGAGUCAGCACCUAGCAGUACCUCGGAUGCGACCAGCUCGUUCGCCUUUCUGUUCUCAAUAGCAUCUCUCUGUAUAGCAUUAUUUGUUGCAUAUCAGGUUCGUAGGCCCAGCAGUAUCUCAUUCACACAAAUAGAAAAUCUUUAG